AUGAAGGCGAUAUUGCAACGGGUGCUAUCCAGUUCUGUCACGGUCAACGAGCAAGUUGUCUCGGCCAUCGGAAAAGGAGUGCUGGUUCUCGCCGCGAUCGGCCCCAACGAUACCAAGAAAGAUGCCGAGUCAAUGGGAUCGAAGAUCUUGAAAAUGAAAUUAUGGCCCGACGACAAUGGAGUCAACUGGAAGAAGAGCGUCCAGGACAUUGAAGGCGACGUCCUUUGCGUUUCGCAAUUCACUUUGCUGGCUUCCACCAAGAAGGGCAACAAGCCUGACUUCCACGGGGCAGCGAAGCCGGAGGUCGCAAAGGAACUCUAUGACUAUUUCGUGUCUCGCGUCCGCAGUCAGUAUCCUGCUGGAAAAGUGGAGGACGGCGUCUUCCAGGCUAUGAUGCAGGUCAGCCUCGUCAACGAUGGACCAGUCACACUCGAGAUCGAUACCAGUCCUGCUAAGAAGGAUUCGGUCGCAAGUACCAAAGUCACUAAUACACCAGCGUCAACUCCCACACCACAAGACCAGGACUGA